AUGGAUUCUCAUUUACAAUAAUUUAAACCAGAAUUAUGUCGUAAUUCGUGUGCAAUUGAUCUUUGGGUCAUCACAAUGACAUUUUAUUAAAAUUCCAGAUGGCAUUUGUAAACAAGUCUGUAACAAUAAAUAUAUGCCAAGAGCAAGCCCAAUGUAUUUCAAUAUUAAAUUCAGAUUAUAGCAAAGUGCACAUCUUCCAGAACCAUUAUACGGUCGCAAUCUUUUAAAGAUUUUUUCCCGCAACAACAAGUUUUAUUUCAUCAAGGAUAAUUAUCAUGAACAUUGUAUUUUGGUUUUGCCUUUGUUCAGGGCAUAUUGUACAGAUUCAUGGAUAUCGAGAGAUGAGUUUUCCGGGACAAAAAAACUCCAUCUAUUUAGACAAAAGGAGGGACAUCAAGACAUAUGAUAGCGAAGUAGGUGAAGUAAGCGAUAUUUUGGCGAAUGAGAAUAAUGGCUUGAUCCUCGUUGACAAGGCUGAUUCUAUAGAAAAAACAAAAAUAGUUCGAUAUCGUGAAACAUUCAAAGGGAUUCCAGUAUAUGAUGCUUUCAUUACAACAGAACUAGAUUCAAACACAGGUUCCUGGACUGGUCAGAUUUCUGGUGAAUGGUACGAAGAUUUAGAGCGAGAUAUUACGUCAGUUGUUCCUCUACUGAGUAAACACCAGGCAUUGGCAUUAGCUCUGUUCAACGAAAAGAUACAGGAUGGUUCCAACGUUAUAGAUAGUUCAAUUUCACUUGUUAUUGUUCCAUGGAAUGGCACAGGGAUUCUCUGCUAUGAUACAACGUUACUCAUAAUUACCCCCAAAGAUAUGCAAAGACCUGGAAUAUUUAUCAAUGCAAAUUCCGGUUUGAUUUUCCGAAGAGUACAAAGGUUACGCCAAAGUUCUCUCAUUAAUGCAAUUGGAGGAAAUUUAAAAACGGAAAAAAUUAUCUAUGGAAAAAACUAUCCACCUUUAAAUGUAGAAAGUAAUUUCAAUGGAACAGUGUGCUCUCUAAAAUCCAAACUAGUUCGUGUAUACGAUUUAAAAUCGGCACUGAUGCCCAAUAGAUCGAAACCAUUUAGAUUUCUUUGCAACCAAAGCAUUCAAGACGAAGUGAACGGUGGCUAUUCUCCUAUGUCUGACGCAUUUUAUAUGUCACAGAGGGUUUUCGAAAUGUUUGAUCAGUGGGCACAUGUUUCAGUAAUAAGAAAUCCUCCGAUUGAUAUAUGGGUACAUUAUGGGAAGAGACAGUUUAACGCGAUGUAUAAUGGUAAAGCUUUAGUUUUCGGUGAUGGUGAUGAGAAAAACUUUCCAUUGGUAACAUAUGAUAUAGUUGCUCACGAGUUUGCCCACGUAUUUACAGAAUCCUAUUCCAAUUUAGAAUAUGAGAAUCAGUCAGGGGCAAUAAAUGAGGCAUUCUCCGACCUGGUUGGAGAGACAUUUGAAUUUUAUAUGACUGGCAUAAACGAUUUUCAUAUAGGAGCCAAAACUGACAAAAUCAAUGAGGAAGGAAUCCGCGACAUUUGUAACCAACAAACAGAUGGGUUAUCUAUCGUUCAUGUACAGGACUAUUACGACGGAAUGGAAGUUCAUUUAUCAAGUGGUAUUUUCAAUAAAGUAUCUUGUAUUUUAAUGAAAAAUCCGAAUAUCGGACUGAAAGUAACUUUUCAAAUUUAUACCCAUGCCAAUAGAUUUUACUGGGGUCCAGUAUCCAAUUUCUCUGACGCAGUUUGUGGGAUUCUUAAAGCUGCCUAUGAUCUUGGUCACGAUACAAAUGUCAUUAGAGAAGCAUUUUCAGUUGUUGGUUUGAAUGGUUGCAAUUUAGAUAUGUAUAUCAGAAAAUUGUAUGGGAAGACACAUAUUCAAAAUUUAAUGGCCACGAAGAACGAGAAAAUAAUGUUAGCAUUUGAUGGACAGUUUACAAUUAAGAAUAAAUUUAUUCGUGUUUUUACUGAAGGAGGAGCUGGGGAUGUUGAUCUGUAUUUGAAUUACAAUCUCAUAUUGAAAAGAAACAAGGCAAAAUAUGUUUCAGUCAGCGACGGAAACUUAGAGGUCUUGCAGAUUCCAGCCAAAAAAUGCAGAAAGAAAUUGUGCUACAUCCAUCUCUUACCUAAAGAGAAAGGCUUUAGUGGCGUUUCAUUAUGGAUUGAUGUUUUGUAAAUAGCUGAAAUAAACACUCAUCGUAUGAAAAAUAAAAAAAAAAACCAUGUUUUUAUGCCUGUCUGGUUCUGAAUAAAAAUAACCUAAUAAUGGUGUAUUUA